AUGUUUUUAGACGGACACAGCCAGCCUGUUAUUGAUUUGUGCGUGAGCCCGCAUGAUCAGCGGGGUAUCACGCUCGCCACCGCUUCUGAGGACUGCACAGCGAGAAUCUGGACAGGCAGCUUCGACGAUGGCUUAAGAUCCACUAAGGCUGUCGUCGGAUUCGAGGAUGCCGUUGUUGCGUUGGCUUGGGAUACGAGAAAUGCACACAAGCUGUAUCUCUCCAACGGUGGCAGUCUGUUUUUGUUCUCUUUGGACACACCUAAACCGCUGAUUCACGCUUCUAAUGCACUUGAGACAUGGAAAGUAUCAGAAGUUGAGAUAAACAGCAUACGUAUUGAUAGAAAGUCACUUGAAUUGGCCUGGUGCGACGACAGCGGUGCAGUAGGCAUCCUCAACCUGUCCACUGGGAAGAGCAGGCUGUUUAGAAUGAAGCAUGCCAACAUCGCCAGCAAGGUGCUGUACAAGUCAGCCAAAGACGGCGAACUACUCUCAGCGUCGUACGAUGGCAGUGCGUUGAUAUGGGAUGCACGCAAGGGUACCAUAAGUGACACGCUAGAUCUGAGUGCCCGUCAAAGCGCACAAGCUACCACACCAUCAUUCGUACUCUCCCUCGCGUCGUCGGAGGAUGGAAAAAGACUGGCGACGGGUGCAGGGAAUGGGUCAGUGUGGAUGUCUUCGACGCGUCUAUCGAAUGCCAGAGAAGUUGUUGCUCACACAGGACCCGUCGUUGGGCUUGCCUUCGCUGACUCUCGCCUGUUAAGCUGUUCCCUGCACCAGCUGUGCGUGUGGAAGGAGAAUUUGGAGGAGGUGGCCACUACUGUGGAUAUAAAAGACUUGGAAAAGGCAAAUUGCAUUGCUGCAACCCGUACACACGUCUUUAUUGGUGGAUUCACGCAAAGUGGGAGUGGAAGAGUUUUAGUGAUGCCUUUGGAAUUUUAA